AUGCGUAUGGACGUCGGAAAUGGGUGGCGCCCCACCCCCGCCGCUUCUCGCGACAAGACGAUAAUCAACCGUAUGAUGCUAAGAUUCCGGCCAAUAGCUCCCAAGCCGGCCGCCGAUACUCCUUCAACUACCACUCCUGCUUCAUCAUCUGCAUCCAAAUCCAAAGAUCUUGUUACUGAACGGCCCAGAUCUAAGAGAAAGUAUGUUAGGGUUAAGAAGAUGAGAAAGCGUAAGGGUAUUAGAACGCAAAAUAUUGGUAAUAAUAAUGAUAGGACCGGUGAAGAUGAGGGAAAAAGUGAGACAACGGCGGUGCUCACGCUUCAGUUACUGCCGGAAAGUAGUAGCUGUAACACUAGUUUCCAUAGAGGCUCACCUAACAAGGGAUCUAUGGAGAAACCCUUUUUGAUGAACUUUGAUAAUCUUCAUGAUAUCCAGUUGGGCCCGGGAUGGACAGAUCGGAGCCGUAGGAUGGUGGAGUCGUGGGUGAUGGUGGAGGGGAUGAGCGACACGUGGGUAGACGGGGGAGAGUUGGGGUAUUCCGACACGGAGAAGAUGAAGAAUCUGGAGAGGGACUCAUCAUGCCCCGCCCUCAUCUCCGACGCUCUCAACCGGGUACAGUGGGUCAACCCGGCUUACCGGAAGAUGGUGGAUCCGUGGCACCACGACGGAGACGCGGCGGCGCCGGAGCUCGUUGUGCGCCUCUCGAUGACGGAAAAUGUAGGCGGCGGCGUGCUUUUCCGGGCGGCGGCGUUUGCAUGCAACGUGAGGGUGGUUUACUGGUGGCAGACGACGGCGAAUUCGAAGAUGCAGACCCAAACGAUGCCGUGCGAUGUGUGGAAGAUGGAGUUUGGAGGUCUUGCAUGGAGGCUGGACGCCAAGGCCGCGCUUUGCUUGGGCCGUUAG